AUGCCUAUCAUAACACUUUCCUUUCGUAUUUGUUAUGAUUUUACUUUUUCUUUCUUUAAUAUCUCUCUCAUUUUCUCUUCAUUCAUUUAUUCCUUUUUCUUUCUUUCUUUCUUUCUUUCUUUCCAUAUACAAUUCAAUUCCUUUUACUUUCAUUUUUGUCUUCCUCUACUUGUCUUCUCUUUCUUUCUUUCUUUCUUUCUUUCUUUCAUCAUUCCCCUUCCUCUUUUUUCUAUAUCGAACUCUUAUUAUUAUUAUUAUUUUCCAUUUGAAAUCUUCACUUUCUUCUCCUUUACCUUUCAUUUCUUGUUUUUUUCUUGCUCCUCCCUUUCGUCUUCCUCCUCAAUUUCUCUUUGUUUCUUUAUUUCCUUUCCUUUUUUCACUUCAUCCUCCUCUUCUUUUUCUUCACCUCCUCUUCCUCCACCUUCUUGUUUUCCGCAACUCUUCGUCUCAACAGUUCUCUUUUGCCCGCCGUCUUCUUUUCUUCCUCCUACUUAUUUAAGUCUUUUUCUACAUUUUUCAUACGCCUCUCUUUCACCUCUUCCCCCCUCUCCCUUUAUUUUAUUCCUUUCUCCUUCAUCUAAUCUCUCCUCUUUCUUUCUUUUCGUAGCUGUCAUUUCUGUUUUUAUGUGUCAUAUACCUUCAAAAAGGAAUCGACCAGAGUAA